AACCACUGUAUAUUUAUUUAUAUAUUAUAUAAAAUGCUUUAUAAUAUGUCAGAGCUUUAAUUGAUGCAGGUUCAGAUAUAUAUAUAUAUAUAGAUAUACAAAAAUUUAUCUGUAAAGCUUCACAAGGAUUAAUUUGUUUAAAAUCUUUUUCUAGUAUUCACUAGUUUCUUAUUUGAUUAAUGAUCAUGUUAUUGUAUAUCAAAAUAGAGGAAUAAAUAAAUAUUUAUUAAAUUAAAAUUUGAUCUAAAAAUAUUAUUUAUAAAAUCGAUCAAUCAUUUUUUAUUUCUAUGCUGUUGCAUUAAAAUAAUAAGAUAAUUUUAUUUAUUGAAUUUAUUUAUUUUUAUUCUAUUUAGGUCUAUUUAGAUAAAAAGUAUUUCAUUAUUUCGUUACCUAAUAUAAUUCUAUAUUACUUAUUAUCUAUAAACAUGAUAAUUAUGAUUAUAUUUUCGAUAAAUUGUUUCAAAUCAAAUAAUCUGAUUGAAAUUCAAUAUAAGUUCAAGAUUAAAGUUCAAUGUAAAAAUAUUUACAUUAUUCUCUAUAAUUAGUUAUAGAUUCAUAAAACACAAUAUAUUAAAUAUCACGAGAUAUACAAAUAUUUAUCUUGAAAACGUGGCAAAAAAAUAUAUCUAUGAUCAAAAAAUUUUAUAUAAAAAAUUAAUAACAUUUAGAUUAAUAGUAAAUAUGAAUAUUUUUUACAAUUUUGAAAAAUUUUAUAAAAAUAAUUUAGAAAUCAUUAAUAAUUAAAAUCAUCAUUUAUAAUUUUGAUACUUUCUUAAUUUAAAUUUUUCAAUAAUAAAAUUAACAAUUGGAGUAUGUAUUUAAAUUUUUCCAAAUUGCAUUUUGAUAUCAUUUUUUUAAAUUUAUUAAAAAUUUAUUUAAUAUGUUGUAUUUUCAAUCUUAUCUUUUAUUUUUUUCAAUUUUUAUUUAUUUAAAAAACUUUAUCUCUUACUUAUAUAAAAAAUUAUUGCUAUUAGUUAUUAUUGUAGAAAUAAUAAAAUAUAAUAAAAUAAAAUAAUUCUUGAAACAAAAAAGAAUUUGUUUUUUGCGAAAAUAAAUUUUUUUUACUUUUAAAAUUCAAAUAUUGAAGUACACAUAAAAAAGAAAAAUUUUUUAUAUAUAGAUAAUAUGUAAAUAAUAUUAUUAAGAAUUUAUAUAAAAAUAUAAAUAAAUGAUCAAUUAAUCUUAUAAAUAAAUUAUUUAUAAUUAAUUAUAAAUAUAUAAUUAACAAAUUAGAAACUAAUUAUAAAUAAAUAAUUAAUAAAUAAAUAACAAUUAAAUCAUUUUUUAAAAUCAUUCAAUUAUUAAUAAAUUGAUAUUAAUAUUAAUAUUAAUAUUAAUAUUAAUUUAAAUGUUUAAUUAUUUCAGCAUUACAAUUUCAUAGAAAAUUGAUAUUGAAGAGAUACAAAAUCUAAACAAAAAAAUCUAGAGAGAUUAAAAUUAUAACCAAAGAAAACCAGAUCUUUAGAUAUUUAAUUACCAGGCACAAACUUGAUAUUCAAUUUUUUUCUAUAUUUAUUAUAAAUAUUUUUAAUUUUUUUUGGUAUCACUACAAAAAUAUUAUAUUAUUUUUUUUUCUUUUAUGAUAUUUAUUAUAGAAAUUUUUUAGAAAACAUAUAUUUUUUUAAAAAAUAUAAAUAAAAAUAAAUUCAUAUGAAAAUAUGCAUACAUAAUAAUUUUUUGUUCAUUCAAAUUCAAAAAAGAAUAAAUUCAAUAUAAGAUCCAUAUCAUUUUGAGAUAGACAAUAAGAUUUUUUUGUAAUUUUUGUUUUUUAAAUAAAUUAAAAAUUAAAAUAUUAUAAAUAAUGUAAAUUAAUAUAAAUUAAUACAAAAUAAUAUAAGUUAAAAUAAAUUUAUAAAUUAAAAUAUAUAUUUAAUAUUUUUAAACCAUAUUUUUAAACCAUAUUUUUAAACCAAAGAUGUAUGAAUUGUCUAUAUAAAUAUGUUCAUAUUCCUCGCACUUUCAUAUUGAACUAAACAACUGUCGAUCAACAGUAAGUCACUUAGCGACAAGGUCUUGAUUAAUGAAUUGUUUAGUUAUUGUAAUUUCGAUAAAGAUCAUUGGUUUUAUAUACCUAAAUAAAAAUUUUUUUUUCUACAAAUAUUUUAAAUUUUUAAGUCUGGAAUAAAGAAACGUUGACAAAUAAAAUAAAAAAAUAGAAAAAUAGAUUUUUAAACAAUUAAAAUAAAUCACUACAGAGUUGAAAUAAUGAAGCUUUCAUAAUUAUAUUAAAUUUUAUGUUUUUAAAAUUUAUGGUAAAAAAUUUUUCAAUUAUUUCUUUAUAAUUUAUUUAUAAAUACAAAUAAAGAAAAAAUUAUAUUACUUCUUUAACAAGAUUUAAAAUAUAUGUAUUAUUUGUACAAAAUAAGAAAAAUAAGUCAUAAAAUAAUUUAUUUCAAUAUUUCUUCUUAUAGUAUAAUAUAUCAUAUGUGUAUAUAUGUAUAAUAUAUAAUGUAUAAUAUAUCAAUAUAAUAAAGUUACGAACGAUGCAUCAUAUUUUAUUUAAAAAAAAAAUCUCUGACAUCGACAUCAAAAUGUGAUCGAUUUGGCAUGGAAUGACUUUUAUACAUAGAUAUCCAAUGCUGAUAUAUAUAUUAAUAUACUAUAUAUAUUAUAUAUACUAAUUGUAAGUAUUUGAAUCAUCUUUAGAUCGUUGUGCUGCUUUUAAACAUAUAUUUACUUAUAAAUCAAUCUAGAACUAUUUUUGAACAUUAUGACUGAAAAGCUAAUCUAUUAAGCCUAUAAUAAAAAUUUUUAAAAUAAAGUAAAAAAACAAAGACAAAACGAUAAUGUCUUUAAAAGCUUACAAGUAUAAUAGUCAGAUAGAUAGAUAGGUAGCUAAAUAUAUAGAUUAUCUUAAAAUAAAAUAAGCAAAGUAAUAUAUUUCCGCUAAACACUUAAAAUUCUCGCUCAUAAACGGUAACAGACAAAACGGAGUCUUGUGAGUUUGCGUUUCUUUCGUAUGCAGAGUACUGCGACAUCACAUUACGAUCCACUGCGGAUGGUUGACUCGAAAUCGAGUCGACGAUGUUUCAGACGUUUACGCAGUAACAGACUUUGAGUAAAAGAGAAGAAGAAGGAAUCGAGCGAGUGCAAAAAGAAAAGCAUGGUAAUACGAGAAAGGAAGAAAGAGCGAGAACGGUGAGGUGAGGCAUGGCAAAGAGAGGAAUGAAGUAGAAUGGAGAGGAAAGGAGAGGCGGGAGAGAAAGAUGGACGGCAUGGCACGACGCAGCGCACGGAGAAACCGAGUCAAACUCUCGGCCGGCUGGCGCCGUUCUGUCGGCCCCCGCUGCCUCUUGCCACUGCCACCAACAAUACGCGCCGUACACCUCUUCCCCGUUGUUUCGCCUGCCAUCGUCACCAACGUCAGCACCAAUGCCAGUACUUAUAAUACCAAUACCAAUAUUGCGACGUCACCAUUUCUAUCACCAACUCAUCAUCACUAUCGUUGAUAAUAAUCUUAUUUGUGUAGAGUACUUUUUAUAAAGAAAUGCUCGAUCCUGUUCAAUCGUAAACUGAGCACACGUGUUUAAAACUCAUUUGUGUUGUGUGAUCCGGUCAAGUUUCCAAGCGCGACGAGACGAAGCUUACUCGACUUUCGGGCGCCUUCACGCAGCAGUAUUGGUGCUAAACCGAUAUACACGAUACAUUCUUGACAGACCGAAGUGAUGCGGAGGCUGAAAAAGAAACGACGUGUUCGUAGUAGUGAUCGUAUCUGUAGAAUCGACGGCAUCGAUACUGAUGGUAAUGUUAAUAGUACUGGUCAUAGUAGUGGUGGUAACGGAGUAGUGGUGGUGGCAGUAGUAAUGUAGUGGUAGUGGCGGUGGUACGUAGAGGCAGCAAAGUCACAGCGGGCAGGCAGACCAGUUGGGACUUGGGACUAUCGCAUGCAUGUGCGAUGAAAAAGCACGAGGCGAAUCAGUACUUUUUCGACCGUGCUCGUGUCAGGAUGUGUUUCGUUGAUUUUUGGACUCGAAUUAAUUUCGGGUGCAACGAAAUUCAAACACGGACUAUAAAAAGUGUUAGAAAGAAAGGAAGCCAGAGUAAUAGAAGAAAGAUCUAAGAAACAAUAGAAGAAAUUGAAGCACAAAGAAGUUGCGUAUAAUACGAUUUGCCAGUACGACUGAUCGCUAUAUGCGUUCGUAGGAUCUAUCCCAUGAAAAAUAAUGUAUGAACGGAGAGUAAUGCGCGUGUGGUGAUCAAGACAAAAAAAAAAUUGUGCUUUCGUGCUUCCAAUCAUCGAUCGAUAUGGCUCAUCACAUAGUUGAAUCAGUAUCCGAAUUGUCGGCUUUAAUGAAAGUCAGUACGACUAAUUCCGAAAGGGAUGCUGGUUUUUGUAGCGGUGGCGACGAGGACGAUAUAUCUGACCUACACUCGCCAAGCUCCUCGGAAGAUAGUCUAGAGGUGCAAAUAACGCCGAUAUCAUUAAAAAACAAGAGAAAAUUGGCCGAACCUCGAAAAAUUCACGAGCCGAAUUUAGCCCCAUUGAAAAAACGAAGAUUCCAACGAAUCGAGAAAGAAACUAUACCAAGCGAGGAAUCGACUAGAAUUUUAAGAUCACCGAGUCCGUUUCGACCAUGGAGUUGUACUAACAAGAGCAUCGAUUCGAAACUUUCUUUACCUAUUUCAGUUGCGGAAAGGUCAAAUCAGUGCGUUUUCACUUUAUUAUCGAAUGCACCGUCACCAUCUUCCAUUGUUUCAAAUCGAAUGAACCAUCACCACCAUCAUCGUCACCGUCUCCAUCAUCAUCGUUAUCAUCACCAUCAUCAACAUCAUUGUGACAAUAAUGAUAAUAAGAAGAAUAACGGCGACGUUCGAAAAGACAAUCUGGAUCAGGGACACGCUUCAGAAGAUGGCAUCACGUGUGAGAUAAAUAUAAAAGGGAAUGAUGAUUUUCAAAAACAACAAGAGUUGGAAUGCCAAGAGAAUUUAUCUGCCAGAUUACGACAGUCGACGCAAAAGUGUGUCAUACAUGCUGAAAAGCGCGAGUUCCUCCGUCAAAAAUCCGAUAACACAAUGAUCUCGUCUGCAAGUUCCACGGCUAUAUCGGAAACAAUAUUGUCAUCGUCAAUAGUAUCUCCGAUUACGCAUCUCAGAUUACAAGAAGAACCUUUGUCACUUGUAUUGAGAGGCGAUAUGGCCGCCAGGGUACCGUCGCAUCCAGCAGUGAAUGGUACUUAUGAGAAAUCCUGCUCAUAUUCUAUAAAAUGUACAAACGUUUCGUCUUCGUCGUCAUCUUCUCUCUCUUCUUUGUCUUCAUCAGCAGCAUCCACAACAUCAUCCUCGUCCUCCACUUCCUCAUCAUCUUCCUCUUCCUCUUUUUUGUCUUCCCAUCUUCAGCAAGAUCAUCGAUUAUCGAGCAAUGAUAAUUCUUGCUCGACAAUGGUAAUCACAUCUACGACGAUAACAACAACAGCAACUACACUGACAACGACAAUGACGAACGUUCAUAACGGUCAAACAAGGCAACACACGAUGCCGAGUCAACAGAGGAACUAUAAAAACAUGACGCGGGAAAGGAGAAUAGAAGCAAAUGCUAGAGAACGGACGAGAGUGCAUACCAUAAGCGCUGCAUUCGAUACGCUGAGACGCGCUAUUCCCGCUUACUCGCACAAUCAGAAGUUAUCGAAGUUGUCCGUAUUAAGGAUUGCGUGUAGUUAUAUCAUGACCCUCGGUAAAAUUGUUGAUAUCCCCGAAGGCGAGACAGCCAACAGUGCUUCAUUAGGAGCUUGCGUGGACCUCGUCUCUAGGACCAUUCAAACAGAGGGAAAAAUUAGAAAGAGAAAAGAAGACUGAAUCGCAUAAGUACUAUACUAUAACUAUAGUUGGGCUUAAUUCUAACAAUAUUUAUAAUCUGAUGCGAUACAAUGUAUAUAUAAAUAUUUAAUCAAUUGUCAUUUAAUCUGUAAAUCAUUGAAAAUUGAAUUGAUAAAUAGUCCAAUUAAAUGUUUAACGAAUGUUAAAUAUUUUUCCGAUCGUUUCUUUAAAAUUGUGAUGCUGAAUAAAAGAAUAUUUACAUAUGUACAGUGUUUUUGAUGUAUAAAAAAAAAGUAUAAAAAAAGUAAAGUAUAAAAAUAAAAAGGAGUUGACAAGAUACGAUGUAUCCAACUCGCAAAUUGUAUUAACU